UCAACAUCAGUAGCACACACCACAAAAGUAAUCAAAUCAAAUGAAAUUUUAUUUUGUGUACACUAUAGUUUAAGUGACAUAGAUCUGCUUCAUUUUUUUGUGAGUAGAUAUCAUAUAAAUCAUUUUUAGUUUAGAAUUAUAACAUAAUUUAUCAAAAAAGAUUCAAGUAUAACGUCAAAGUUCAUUAUUCCUAUUAAAUCUUUUAUAAAUUUUUAGAUCUGUAAAUCGUCAUUUUUCUAUAUCAGAUGCACCAAUUCCAUUGAAAUUUACUCCAGUCAACAUUGAAUUAUUACCAUCGGAUUUAUUGUCUGAUUCACAAAAUAAAACCAUACAUGAAUUACUUAGUCAUAAUGAAUCUUUCAGUGAAAGCGAACAGAUCAAAUUGUUGAACAAUGAAGACUACAUGGACAUAAAGGAAACCACAAAUAAAAUUCGUUCACAUUUGGACUACCUACUUAAACAUGAAAGCCAACAUUUAAAGAUUUUGGAACAAAUUAAAACGUCAUUAGAUCUCAUUAAACAUAAACGUAUAACCAAUGAAAUUGUAACAAUAAGAUCAUCGGUUAAUUCAAUUGAAACUAUACAGAAAAAAUUUAUUCAGGGAUUAAAAGUUUGUCUACAAAAUGGUGAUAUUAAUUAUAAUCAAUUUCUUGAUCCAUUCAAAUUAUUGAUCAGUCGUCAAAUAGAAAUAUCAAACUAUGUUGGCAAAAUUUCGAAACUUCUGAAAAAUUUAAAACCUGAAAAAUCAGAUACUCUAGAUAGUAAAUCACUGAAUUCAUUUAAACUUCAAGAGCCAACGACUUGGAUUACACAGACUGUUGAAAACAUAAAAACAUUAGUUCUGCUACUUGAUACAGAUUCACCUCAUUAUCUUGAACUUCAAAGAAUUUAUAAAAGAUUACUGGAGGAAUCACUGAAUUCAAAUAAUAGUAUAGAAGAUAAGACGACAAAUGAUUCCAAUCGUUUGAUUAUGCAUAGUCUAGUGGUUGAACUUACUUCUAAAACAAAUAGUCGUAAAUUGCGUUACCUAUUCCUGUUUAAAGAUGUACUUAUCUGCGCAAAAUUAAAGUUUACAAUGGGUUCAAGACAAAGGAUAUUACAUGAUAAUUCUUCAAUGGGUGAAUCGCGAUUUCGGAGAAAGAGAUCUGGAAAACUUUCUGCUUCUAGUUAUGAACUCGAAAUAAAAUGGUUUAUUCCAAUGGAAGAAAUGAGUUUGUUAUCUAAUUCAAGAGUUGGUAGUGAUGAUCGAGGUCGACUCCAAAACCAAAAAAAUCUAGAUGAACUGAAAGGCACGGUUCGUAAUUUACGCCAAACAAUGAGUCGUAGUUCGGAGGAUAAACAUUCAUCCAAGAACACAUCUAAAUUAACCAGUCUAAGUAAAUUAGAAGGUAAACUUGUAUUGGAAACACCGCAACUCAUAUUACCAGUCGCUGACAAAUGCGGUCAUAUUCAUAAUAUUCUUCUUUCAACUGAGAGAGAACGAACGCACUGGCGAUCCGCUUUAGAACAACUGUUAGAUAAACCCCCUCAAAUUACUGAUAAAUUUUAUUCUGCAAGACGCCCUACUCCAGAAAAACUAAGUACAGAUUAUUUUUCUUCAAUAUCGCGAAGCCGUAGUUCUUCGAUUGGAGACAUUAGCGAACGCCUGAAGAAAUAUAAACACAUGGUUAAACUAAACAGAGUUGGUCUCUCAAUAAUUGACAAAGAUGAACCGAUAACUGGUUAUAUCAAAGCUACAGUACAUGGAAUUGAUGGAUUAAAUGAGAAGAAUAGUUAUCAUGUUCGUAUUGAAGUUGAUUCAUAUGGUCAAUAUGAAGAAGUAGCUUGUACACGUGUUUUACAACAAAGUAAUCCACGAUGGGAACAGUCAUUUGAUUUAGAAGUGGAUGGUGCAUGGACAAUAUGUUUUAUAUUAUAUAUUCAUCAAGAAAUGUUAGCAGAAUUAGAAGUUUUUUUAGAUCUAGAAACAUUAAAAAAUAACUCACAGAUAGAUGCGAAUAUAUUAACAAACGAAAAUCCUCCACGUGAUCUAACCUUUUCUGUAUCUUUGGAAUACGUUGAUCAAGUAAAUCUUAAUAAAAAUCGACGGUCUGAAAUACGUGGAAAUCUAUUCGGACGUCAUCUAGCGGAGCUUGUAAGGGUUCCAAACGACAUCAAUAAUGAUGAGUGUACAAUAAAGUAUAAAUCUGAAGUUUUUAUACCCCGUUUCGUAAUCGCAUGUGUCGAAGAAAUUGAAAGGCGAGGUUUAUUAGCAGUUGGAAUUUACCGAGUAUGUGGUUCCAAUGAUAAUAUAAAGGCUUUAAAAAGUGAAUUUGAUGAAAGUUGCACUUUAGCUAUUCAAAGAUUACCCCUAGUUGAAUUACCGGUGAUUACUAGCUUACUGAAGCAGUUCUUUCAACAUUUACCAGAGAGUCUGAUUGAUCACACAACUACUAUAGCUUUACUUCAAGCAGUUGGUGAGUUUAUACUACUACAUAAAUUUAUACCUUCAGGUGAUAAAAUAAUAAAACUAUUAUGUAUAAUUUAUUUUGGCCAUUUUACUCCAAUUGAAGCAAAUUUCUGAUAAUUUUCUAAUACUUUUCAAUGCCUGCACAUUUUUUAUUUUAUAGUCAAUUGUUUAAAGCAUCUAGAUAAAAUCUCUGUUCGAAGGUUUGUUUCGCCAAGAGCUUUCUAUUGAAUUCUACUCUUCACAUUCUGAAAAUAUAUUCUGAAUCAGACUGAGGUGUUUUGAUUGAAUUGUAUCACCUGAAAAUGCUUAAAUCUUCGUAUAGUUUGUCCUCAGACAUCCUAUCAAAAAGGAUGUAUGGUUUUAUGAACUCAUGCUGAAAAACCACACAGUUUUAAUAGGUUUCAAAAACUCGAGUCAAAACACUCAAUGAUACCAUGAUUUUUAUAUUGUACAGUUAGCGAGAUAAUAUUAUUUCAUUCGAACAGAUCAUCUACAAUCGUGAUGUAAUUCUCAUUAUCAUAGGUCACUACGACAUAUUCUUGUUCAUUUGUCAGACUGAUCUGUAUAUUUGGAAUUCAUCGACCUUUUCCAGCAUUUUUACUUGACUUGUGAACUUGUUUUAGUGAUAUUUGUGGAUUUUCGCCUAUCAUAUGAGUUGCUAACUCAAUAAAUAUUAGUGAUUCCUUUAAAAUUCUAUCCUGACUUCUAGUCACAUCAAAGACCAGAUUUUAAAUGUUUAGUUAUCAGGAAUCACACGCUGAAGAAUAAGUAACAUCCACUUGUGGAAUUUUUAUUUCCUCUUCUGAUAUAUACUAAAUUCACUUAGUUGGUAAAUUAGCCUGUAAAGUAUGAGGCUACAAGUAAUAGAUUCUUGAAUGUAAUAUUUUAUAAUACAGUGAGAACAACGAAUUUCAUUUUCUAUAAUUGAUUGCUAGUUACCAUUAAUAUAUCACAAUGUUAAUGUUGUAAAUUAUCAAUACGACAAGUAUACUUACCAUUAUGGAUUAACCUAACAGAUUAAAACGUGAAUGAGGUAGACAUUUUGUUGAAAUUUGAUAAACAUGAACGAUUCCUAAGGUCGAAAUAACAAUCAUAAUGUUGUGAUAAACAAAUUUUUGUGGUUAGUUUUGAUUAUUUUAGUUAACAGUAUAGGGAUUUGUGCAGUUUGCAGUAUUUUCGCAGUUGAAAUCACGAGUCAUGCUUAACUAGACCACCUUUAAGAAUCUGGAAGCAUUGGACUGUCGUAUCGUUCUAAUAUGAGAUAAUUCAAAAAGUCCGCAUCUACAAUCCUGCGUACGAGUUUCGAAACUAGAACACUUUGGUCUCGUGCACCAACGCUUGUCCUCUAGACCACUGAGCUGGCAAUCGACGGUGUUAGUGUCUACCUUUAAUUAAUUCACGACCUUGCCCAACCCUUCAUCCAUUGCCUGAAGUGGAUGUCUGUAUCACACAUGACAUGGAUUGGAUUUCAGUUAACUUGAUACUAACAUUUUUAUCUAGAAUUUUGUGAGACUUUUCAUUGGUUCAUUUUUACUCUCAUAUGAAUUUACAAUUAGAAAUUCCUGAUGAAUCCGUUCGUAAUCAACUCAUUGAAGAUAUCCUUGUCAAUCUUCCCACCACAAACCUGGAAACAUUCAAUUACUUGGUCAAUCAUUUAGUCACGUAAGUGCCAUACAUUUCUUACAAAGGCAUACAAUAUACGAAAUAGGAACUAUUUCAUUUUAUUCAUUGCGGUCUUUUAUAGAGAUGACCGUGUUCUUGUUUGUUGUUCAUUGAGAGAUCCCCAAAUGUUGACAAUAAAUGGUAACGGUUGUUUAAAGCUACUCUAAAGUUCUAAGCCAACUUUAUGUUUUUAAAAAUAUCAGUCUUAAUAGUUGACGAUUUUUUACUCAAAGUAUUUGAACUGUGUUACUGUUCACAUUUAAAGUGUUAUAAACAUCCUCGAUAAACAAGGAGGAUCUAUUACGAACUUGGCUUAAUUUUACAUAAAGUUGCUUAUCAUAUGAACAAUUUAAUGUUUAUGGCUGUAAUUAGGUUUAUGAAUACUGAUGCUUUGAGUCACAAUGUAUUAUUUAUCCUAUGACUUACCACUGGUUUUACUAAAUAAUAAUGAUAAACCCAAACAUUGAACAAAAUAAGUUGAUUACUGUCGACAUUCGAUCAUUGACUACAAAACAAUACGAUUCUAAGUAUACUUGUCAUACAUUUCGCUAACAGGUCUCUUUUUAUAAUAUUUCAAAGAUUAACAGUUAUUCAUAUUUAUUUAUUAUACCAAUCACGAAUUCAUUUAUUUCUUUAUAGGGUAAGUAAUUAUAAAGCGCAAAAUAAAAUGGAUUUAGGCAAUCUUUCAUUAAUAUGGAGUUACACAUUGUUUGAAUGUUCAUCUGAAACCACACAGUCUACUGAAAUGAAUGAACAAACUAAAAACGAACCUUCAUCAAAAUUACACACAGCUGAAAUUCAGGCAGCUUUUAGUUUUCAACAGGCAAAAGUAUUAAACUGUAUCCUGACGUCAAUGAAAUCUGGAAAACUGACAAUACCAUCUCAUAGCAAUGUAAUUAGACCAGUAUAUUCAUAAAUUAUAAUAAACUUGGUGCUUUUUUUAUUUACAAAGUUAGAUGCAUUUUCUAUUGUUCGUUCCGAUACUUUUUAUUUUGCUCAUAAAUAGGAAUCACAAGAGUUUUGAUAUUUCUGCC